UUUCCCACCGGUGCUAUUUCGUUGUCGCACCCAUGUGGACCGUGCUGCGCCAGGAGUCCUCUCUCCAAAACUGCCAGUAUUCCAGAGUCUAUAAUGAAGUCAGCUGUGAUGGCCAAGCUCCAGGGCUUUGAGUUCUGGAGGAAGACCCUGAAAGAAGCACGCUUUGUGGUGGCACCCAUGGUGGACCAGAGCGAGCUGGCCUGGCGCCUGCUGAGCCGCCGGCACGGCGCUCAGCUCUGCUACACCCCCAUGCUGCAUGCUCAGGUGUUUGUUCGUGAUGCCAACUACAGGAGAGAGAACCUCUACAAUGAGGUGUGUGAGGAGGACAGACCUCUCAUCACACAGUUUUGUGCCAACGAUCCAGAGGUGUUCCUUCAGGGCCUUCUGGCCCAGGACUACUGCGAUGCCAUCGACCUCAACCUGGGCUGUCCGCAGAUGAUCGCUAAGAGAGGGCACUAUGGAGUUUUCCUACAAGAUGAGUGGGAGCUGUUAGAGAAAAUGGUCAGGUUAGCCAAUGAAAAGCUCUCGGUGCCCAUCACAUGCAAGAUCCGUGUGUUCAAGGAGAUGGAAAAGACGGUCCGUUAUGCCCAGAUGCUGGAGAAAGCUGGGUGUCAGCUGCUGACAGUGCACGGCAGAACCAAAGACCAGAAAGGAGCCAUGACAGGUAUCGCUCACUGGGAGCACAUCAUGGCAGUACGGAAGGCAGUAAAUAUUCCAGUGUUUGCAAAUGGAAACAUCCAGCACCUGAGUGAUGUGGAACGCUGCAUCCAGGAGACAGGCGUGCAGGGAGUCAUGAGUGCAGAGGGGAACCUCCACAACCCAGCACUGUUUGAAGUGCAGCCCCCAGUGUGGGAGAUGGCAGAGGAAUAUCUAGAGGUGGGUGAAGCAGCAUCCCCCUGCACUCUGUCCUACGUACGAGCCCACCUCUUCAAGCUCUGGCACCACACGCUACAGAUCCACCAGGACCUGAGAGAAGACUUGGCCAAGGUGAAGACCCUGGAGGGUUUGGCCGGUGUUAGCCAACAGCUGAGGCUGCGCUGCCAGGAGGAGAUAGCCAAAGGAAAGGGUGUGGAGGAGAAGGGCAGCGGCCUGCCGUUCCCCCACUGGAUCUGCCAGCCUUAUGUCAGACCAGCGCCAAAGGAGCCAGUUGCCAACGGUAACAGCCAGGGUUCAGAGGUGAAGAAGGCGGUGUGUCAGAAGAGGGCACUGGAGGACUCGGAUGGAACGGCUGACACACUCUCCAAAAACAAGCAGAAGAAGAGAUCCCGAAACCCCAACAAGAACUUCUGUCCAGAGCAGAAGCCCAAGUACAUCAAGUGUGAGCAGUGUGGGAACCCAAAGGGAAAUAAAUGCGUCUUCAACCUGUGUCGAGGCUGCUGUAAGAAGAAGGCCUUCAAGGAGGUGGCAGACUGUCCAAGCCACGGGCUGAGGUUCAAGACCAAGGCAGAGAAACAGAAAGCUGAGGACGACAGGAAGGAGGACGACAGGAAGGAGGACGACAGGAAGGAGGACUCGGCGACAGAGCCGGAGAGAAGCGGCAGCUCUCCUCAGCCUCCCCCAGAUGGAAGUACAGAGCUGCCACUAUGAGCAGGACUCAGGCUAUCUCGACAUGUCUCAGUCACACCCGGGUAACUCUAAGCCAGUUUAAGGUCAUUUAUCUGAUAAUCAGACGCGUUAAUACCCUCGAAACAUUCUCAUGUCCAAGAUUGAAGUAGGUUGACGCAACAUUUCAGUCCAGAUGUUGAGCACAGUAACCAUCAGUGGACCUGCUGUGGUUCAUGUUGCUGGUGAUCAACAGUCACUGUGGUGCUGCUUGGGCGAUGGAGAGGGACAGGUGGAGGGUAACUGAAACUUCAGGCAACAAGGUCAGUGUGUGCAUGUAGAGGUAGCCUAUUGUUAGCCAGGACACACAGUGUCUGUCUGUCUGUCUGGGACUGAAGUACUGAAGGAUGGAUGGACACUCAUCAGCAGACCAAAACCAUAAAGUAACAGACUGUUUUUGAUGUGAUGUGGAUUAGUUUGGGGUUUUCUUUCUUUUUUUUGAAGGUACAGUUUCUCAAUUAAUUCUGUUUUUAUUACUAUUUCAUGGGACGUUUGAAUAUUCUUUUAGCCAAUAUUGUUACUGAUCCACCAACUUUAUAAGACUCCGUUAAAGACUUUGUCCUUCCAGGUU